CGAGUCCCAGUUCGAUGCUUCAUUCGUAAAGGAAUUGAUGGAACUGGCAAAAAAAUGAUUAGUUUGGUGCGUGAGAGUGAUUCUGAGAGGGAGCCUUAGAUCUUCAGGGAUCGCCUGGAGCUGUAAAAAGUUGUGAAAGCAGGUUCGAGUUGAUCCCGAAAGAAAAAGAUCUGGCACUCUUGAUCUUCGAUGAAGCGAAUCGAGGACAACAGAUGAGAUGUGACUUUAUCGGAUUCCGUUCUGAACCAAAGUGAUCGAAUUUAAUGUAGAAAAAUGCUCAAAAAACCAAGAAUGGCUUGCUUCGGAGCAGCGGAAAGUUUUGACCAGUCCACCACGAGACCGUUCUGUCCAUCGCCAACAUCCACACCCGAAGAGUUAGAAAGACGAGCCAUCAUCCAAAGGAACGACCUGCUGCUACACGAGGCUGUCAUAAAAAACGACACCAAAGGGGUCCAGAGGAUCUUGAGAGAGCCUGUGGAUGUGAACAGUAGAAAUAACUAUGGUAGAGCCCCCAUCCACUGGGCCUCUUCUAGGGGAAACCUGGACAUCAUGGAGAUGUUAAUGUCCUGUAACUGUGAUAUAGAAGCUAGAGAUAAGUAUGGAAUGAGACCUCUGCUAAUGGCUGCUUGGCAUGGACACAGAGAUGCUGCUCAAUUACUCAUUAACACCGGGGCAUGUACUAACGCCAUUAAUAAGAAAGGCUACACUAUCAUGAUGUGCGCUGCCAGAAACAACAGGGUGGAAGUCAUAGACUUCCUCCUCGACAGCUUGGAAGACCUGAAGAUAGACGCUGUAGACAACGAAGGACAAACAGCCCUCUUCCACGCUGCACUUGGAGGUCACGCUGCGGUUGUGCAAAGGCUAAUCGAUAGGGGCGCUACGGUUGAUACCAAAAACAAGGACUCACAGACGGCUCUUCACGUAGCGUGUGAGAGGGGACACGAUGAGGUGACUCAGCUUCUUCUGGCGAAUGAGGCUGAUAUGGAGGCUAAAGAUGUGAGUGAUAAUACUCCGCUACACACAGCUGCGCAGCACCAACAAACGUCGAUUGUACAAGUACUUUUGGAUGCUGGUGCUGAUCCGGAUAGUGAAAAUGAGAAAGGAUCAACUGCCCUACAUAUAUCAUCGAGUUUAGGAAGCAGAGGGAUUCUGGAAUUACUUAUACAGCAUUGCGCUAACAUCAAUAAACAAAAUAAGGCCGGAAACACCCCCCUCCACUUGGCCUGUUUGGCGAACGAGAUCGACAUCGUGGAGACCCUCAUCUCCAAAGGGGCGGACCUUAACAGCCUGAACGCGAGGUUACAGUCGCCAAUACACAUAGCAGCAGAGAUGGGCCACACAGAUAUAUGCAAAUCUCUACUGGCUGCUGGUGCAGACAUCGAACAACGGGAACAAGGUGGAAGAACUCCCCUGUAUAUAGCUGCCCGUGGUAGUUUCACAGCCAUAGUAGACAUGAUCAUCAAGACUGCCCGUUUAGAUUACCCACCACAGGAUGACCAAAAUAAUGGUGGGAGUGUCAAAGAACGUCAAGGAAGAAGUAGGAUAAGAAGAGCCAGUAAUAGGAGGAAAUGGUCUAUAAGGGCUUCCAGAGAAGAGACUUUGAGGAUGAGGGAGUCGGAAAGGUUGAAGGAGAUAUUGUACAAGCUGUCUUACAAGCAGUUGGGUCCAGGAGAGUGGAAGAAGCUAGCGCAGCACUGGGCAUUCACUGAUGAUCAGAUCAAGGCCAUCGAGCAUCAGUAUAACGGUCCUUCAAGCUACAAAGAACACGGGUUUCGGAUGUUGUUGAUUUGGGCGCAUGGUUUAGGACCAGAAGUCAAUCCCAUAAAAGAAAUUUAUGAAUCCCUGACUGCAAUUGGUAGAAGACCCCUGGCUGAUUCAUUGAGAAGAAAGAUCGACCAAGAGAUCGAAGCAAGAAGAAAAGGCAGCAAAAAGAGAUGCUCUAGCUGUACUAUCAGUUAAACGUCUACUUCAUAAGGUUCUACUACUCUAUCACAUUAUUUCGCGAAAAUUCUAACCCUUCGAAGGAUAAAUAUAAAAGAAAAUAUUUUCAGCGAGUUACAUAUCCCCCUUUAGUGAUUUGAACCCACCUGAAACCAAAAGUGGUCCAAUUAGGUCAAUUAGAGACUAGAUAUCCGAUGUCAUCUCAAUUUCGGAAUAAGAUAAUGUGAAAUAUAUAUUUCCAUGCCUUCAACUUCUCCUAACCCAAAUAUAAGUGAUGUAUUUCAUAUUAAGUGAAAGAUUUCAAAAAUUUUUAUAUUCAGAAAUUUUGAAUUUAUAUAAUAUAUGACUGUAUCACAAAUUCCUCAAAUGUACACGCACCUUUUCGAUAUUUUACGUCUAUUGCAUAUUUAUUUUUCAUAAGUAUUUUAUUAUGAUGUUAUAACUAACGAAUUUGAUUGUACAUAUCCUGUAUAUGUUUAAAGUGAAUAAAUUUCUCAAAAAACAA